AAACGAUGGACAGUAUUUUCAUUUUUUUCCCGUCUUUUCCGUGUGGACUAUUCUACAUUUUUACUCCAGAGUCCAGAUUUUAUUGGAUUAUUUCACAGAAUCUGAAAUGAAUGGAAAGACGAGGACAAGAUGAAGCCGGACUGUGUGGAGGGCUCGAUCCAGGCCCUCCUCUCAGACCUGUACCCCCCGUUUGACUCGACUGCUCCCACUCUGCUGAGCCAGCUCUUCAGCCUUAUCCAGGGCCGAUACCGCGGCGACGCCCUCCGCUGCCUCCUCCACUUCCUGGUCCCUGCCAAGCACAUCCUCGACUCGGUGCAGCAGGCCGCCUGUUCUCAGUAUCCAGACCGGCUGUUCCUUCACGAGGGCUGGCCGCUGUGCUUAAGGGACCGGGUUGUCCUCCACCUCUCCCCCAUAGAACCCCAGCACCUCUGUCCCGGAGACUUCUACCUCCAGGUGGCGCCCUUCUGUGACCAAUCAGCUCGCAUCCUGGUCUGCAGUCGACUGGAGGAGGCUGGGCUUGGACAGUCCGACGUUCUAAUCGAGGAAACGCCGAUCCCAGAGACUUCGUACCCUUGCAUAUUCACGGUCGAUUGGUUGACGGAGUUGAAUCGGGAUCGCAAUGGGACGCCUUUGAGUCACUGUUUACUCACAAAUGAGCAGGGCGUGGUGAGGCUACCAUGGGAGAGGGUAGCCGUACCUGAAUUUUUGAACAAUUCCCAAAAUCGGAAUAUUAUGGCCUCAGCGCCUUCGUCAUACCCGCCUAUUCCACCUCCGCUUCCUACUUUCCCCGAAACCAUCUCAUCGAAGCAAUUACCAAUUUCUAAACCAGCGCAGCAGCCAGUAGCGAAACAAAACUUCUCUGUGCAGACGAGGAUAUGCCCGGCGAAACACGGAAUAGCUGUUUCUUUACGUUUGGUGGAUACUAGCCUGGCAACUUCGGCGACGAAUCAAUCUAGCGUUCGCAAAGAGAGCGAGCAAGAGGCGAAACCGGUCGUGUGGGUGUCCCCGAGCACGCGCGACAAUCAGGAAAGCAAAACAGAUAUCAGCAAAGAGUCAAAAAUCGUUGACCAAAUUAACUUUACCGAAGGCGAGUACAUCGAUAUAAUGCAAGCGACGAUGCUGUUCGGAAAUGCCAGCUUGUCCAAUGAGCAAGAAGAGAAAAAACAAUUCAGCAACUUGCAAAAAUUACCGGUAACACAACCCCGACCGAUGGAUUCGUACAUGCAAACCCAAAGACAGCUAACGACGUUCACCUCAGCGAGCAAACUACCUCCGAGACCUCACAACCGCAGCCCGCCAAACCCGGCAGCAGCUCCAACGCUAAACCACCAUUCUAGUUUGGAAUCACCGGAAGUGUCGCCGUGUUUUCGCGCCGUUCAGUUUUCGGAAAAACCCUGCACACCGUGUCUGCAGCGGAAAAACAUCGGGAAAGUGUCCAAAGCACAAGAGCUGAGGUGUAAAUACCGGGAUUCGUACCAAGCGGCGAUCCAAAAUCCGUUGAAAGAUAAAUCCAAAAUGUGUGCGGUCGUGGAGGAAGAAAGCGAUUUUCAGCCAAAUAUUAGUAACCAAAAUGAAACGGGAAAUCCUUGGGGGAGUUUUCAGGCGGGGGGAGUUUUCAGGCAAGGACAAUCUGAUGCUAUUUGUAAAGAAUCGGGCGAGACAAACACUCUUAGCUAUUGGAAACCAGGUGAUGGCGCCCCCUGUGUGGAAUACAGAGUUACUGACACGCCAAAACAAGACGCCACAACUACAACAGACCGGACCACUGUCGCUUUAAGGCAACCACGGACUAACGUAAACGGAUUACCGCCGAGAAUACCAAACGCUGGAUGUUGCAACGCUCCAACGCAAGCAAAUUUUGGAUAUUGCUCAAAUGAAAAUCAAGGUUACGUUGAGCAAAACAGGGAUAAUUAUUUCAGGAAUGUGAGUUUUUAUAGUCCCCAGAGCAGGAGAGGUUCCCUGCAGUCGGACGGCAGGAGCUCCUCUCUGUCCACGGCGGUAGUCGACACGUCGGAGAAGUGUGACGUGGUGAUCGUGGAUGGAAAGAAGAUCAGGAGGAAGGAGAACAGAGAGCCCAGUCCUGAUGUUCCUCAGCUCCACGUGGUCAAGUGUAAAAACAGCACGGCGUUCGGACUCGUGUCGCCCAAGAUCAGCCGCAGGAAGCUGACUGUCUCAGGUCCGCUCGCUGUGGAUUCUGGCCAGUCAGGACCUACCAGCAGUUUUCAUCCAGAGGUCCAGUCUAAACCUCCUCCAGCCCUGGUCCAGCACGGCCCACUGUCUCUGACCGCUCGACCCAGACCUGACCACCUCCCCCUGGGCUCCACCGACACCAGAAGCCCCCUGCUCCAAGGAGUCACCGCGCUCACAGGAGGCAGAGACAAAAGUGGCAGAGGCAUCAUAGAAGUGUACGGGGAGCAUCCAGGCUGGAGAGGAGCUGUGACCAGUCAGGAGCUCUUCAAAGUCCUGCUCUACUUCUACUCCAUCACCAGGAGAGAAAUCCGAGAGGCCGGUCUGACUGUGAUUUUUGACGCGAGGAAAUCCAGCCCUCAGCCACAGCUGUACAAAGCCCUGAUGUCUCUGGAGGAGCUGUGUCCGCGCUCAGUGCACAGUCUGGUUCUGCUCAUCGACAAAGACAACAAACACAGACCGGAGAGGUGUCCGGGCAUCCAGACUGAAAUCCUGACAUCGAUGAAGAGUCUGCUGAAGCUGGUGGAGGCAGGUCAGCUGAGCUCGCUCCUGAACGGGACCCUGCCCCCGGGACGCUGUGACUGGAACACACUGCACCAGAAGCUGUUCCCGUUUGUGUGUGACCUCCAUGAGACUCUGGAGCUGCUGCUCAGAGCCAUCAGUAAACUACAGGAGCCCAAGAGGACCGACUCUGUACAGAGUGUGCAGCAGUGCAUGCUGGACCAGCAGACUCUGAUGAGGGAUGUGCUGGAGGACAGCCGAUUGGUCAGCGUGCAGCGAGAGGGCGGGGCCAUGCUCGCGCGGCUGAGGAAGGAGAGCGAGCUGAGGUACCCUCAGUGUGAUGAGUUCAGUGAUGCGGUGGACUCGGUGGGCAGCCUGUAUAACCAGCUGGAGGAGCAGGUCCACGCUCUGGUGCAGAGGUCCAAUUUGUCUCUGGAACAUCUUCAGUUCCUGCUGCAACUGCGGGACAUGCAAGGACACCUCAGUCAGGUAAAUCAGUGGUUUGAUGAAGAGGGAGAGCGCCACCUGCUGGAGGCUCAGUCUGUGGACGACUCUGGGGAGCACAUGGAGCAGAUCCUCAACAGCUUCACUGGAUUUCUCAUCGAGGCCAAUGACAGGAGACACCACGCUAUGUCCCUGGUCUCGGAGGCGGAGCGGCUGCAGCAGAGUGGGACCUCGUACCCGCAGACUGAGGCCUUCAGGGGGUUUGUGGAGCGCUUUAAGUCGGGCCUGGAGGACUUCCUGUGCAGAGCAGAGGCCUGUGGGAGAGAGCUGCAGAGUCUGGUGCACGUCUGUGACUUCUGUGACCAGGCCACAGCUCUUGCCAGUGAAUGCAUGGACUACUUGGAGCGCAGUCAUUCCAGGACCCCCACCAAUCUGGACCAGACCCAGGACCAGCCCCCGGUCCUGGACGAGUCCUCUGGAAGCUUCCCCCCUCCUCCUCCCCCCGCAGACCCUGAGCUCUGCGCCCUGCACGGCCUCCUGGACCGGCUGGACCAGUUCAGCCCCGAGCGCUUCCACGAGGUGAAGCUCCAGGCCAGCUCCCUGCGGGCGUCCAGGGGCAUGAGGCUGUGGAACGGGGCUUGGCUGCGGUGUCAGGAGGCCAGGCAGCAGCUGGAGGAGAGGAUCCUGGAGAGGACCCAGGCCCAGGACACCGGGCACUGUGAGCAUCACUACAUAGAUGUGAUGAGCACAGAGGGGCCCGUGGUCAGUGCUGGAGGUCAGACUCUGGUGGUGCAGUCCACACCGGGCCCGGGGCAUCCGCAGUGGGACGGGAUCGUGUCUGGAGCCCUGGAGCUGGGGGAGAGGAGGUUCACAGAGAGUUUUGAGUCUGGGGCAGUGAAGCCCGAGGAGCAGAACACAGAGAGGGGAGAGGUGCCUCCACAGUCUCCAAGAAGGUCGGUGAAGAAGUCGGAGCGUGAGUCCCGUAGGAGGCAGGCUGCGCGGGCUCGCAGUGAGAGGGACGCCCUGGCUCUGUCCCAGGCUCACCCUGUGGGCUGUCAGUGGUUCCCCUGGAGCCGAGGCCUGGGCCUGGGCCGCUCUGUGAGCCAGGACUCCUGCAGUACCGGAGCGUCCACCAGGGGCAGCGCCUCCUCCCCCUCCUGCCGCAUCCUCCAGGAGGCGCAGAGGUACCAACUGUCCAGACACGGCAGCUUCUGUUCAGAAGAGUCCUGCCUGAGCGAGAGGGGGGCGGCUGGGGGGAGCAGGGGAGCCGGGGGCGCCCUGGGCCUCAAGAGCUCCAGUCUGCCCAUCAACACGUACGAGCAGGGGCUGUGUGCGGCCGACAGCUCCAGCAACUCUAUUCGCCUGCAGCGCGUCCUGGAGGAGCUCUUGUACACGGAGAGAGAGUACGUGCGCUCCCUGGGGUACAUCCUGACUCACUACCUCCCCCUGCUGGACCGGCCCGACGUGCCCCAGGACCUGCGCGGGAAAAGGGCCAUUAUCUUUGGAAACCUGGAGAAGCUCUUUGACUUCCACAGCCACUACUUCCUCCCGGAGCUGGAGGCGUGUCAGGGGGAGCCCACACUGGUUGCACGCUGCUUCCUCCGACAUGGUGAGAGCUUUGGCCUGUACGCUCUCUACAGUAAAAACAAGCCCAAGUCUGAUGUUCUGAUCCUCCACAGACGCCAUGACAUCUUCAAGAAGAAGCAGCAGGAGCUGGGGGACCACAUGGACCUGUCCUCGUACCUCCUCAGACCCGUCCAGAGGAUCAGUAAAUACAGCCUGCUGCUCCAGGACAUGCUGUCUCUGGUGGGCUCGUCUCUGUGUGGGCCUGGGGUCUUUAGGGACAGAGCAGACAUCCAGGCUGCAGCCGACCUGGUGCGCUUCCAGAUGAGACACGGGAAUGACCUGCUCACAAUGGACGCCAUCAGGGACUGUGAUGUGAACCUGAAGGAGCAGGGCCAGCUGAUCCGUCAGGACGAGUUCACGGUUCUGUUCAGGAAGAAAAAGUGUGUGCGGCGAGUGUUUCUGUUUGAGGAGCUCAUCCUCUUCAGCAAAACCAAGAAAACUGACGUGGGCAAUGACGUCUAUGUCUACAAGCAGUCCUUCAAGACCAGUGACAUCGGUAUGACCCAUAACUCGUCCCUGAGCGGCCUGUGCUUUGAGAUCUGGUUCCGUCGGAGGAAGUCUGAGGACACGUACACGCUGAGAGCCGCCAGUGUGGAGGUGAAGAGAGCCUGGACCAUGGACCUGGAGAGGAUCCUGUGGAACCAGGCCAACCACAGCAGAGAGAUGCGUUUACAGGAGAGAGUUUUCAUGGGAAUCGGACACAAACCGUUUCUGGACAUUCAGCCGAGCGACGCUGCUAUCUGUGACCGGGCGGUGAACUGCAGCCUGCCCGGAAGAAUCCCUGUGGCCUGUUGUUCACACAGGGGCCUAGUUCCUCGCCCAAACUCCAUCGGCUCCGGAAGCACCGCCUCCACCACCCUCAGCCAGUCCUCGUCCUCGUCCGGCCGCGGGUCCCUCCCCCCCGCCGGUUACCACGGAAACGCCUGUCCCGGUGCGGAGCCUGGGGUCGGCGGGCUCGGCUGCUCCUCUCCCGAAGCUGCGGCGGAGAACGAGCUCAACAACCUCCACCUGCACCAGCACCUCCUGCACCGCUGUGAGAGCUGGAGACCCCCACUGCCCCUCUUGGACAGCACAGACUCUUCGGGGGACUGUGCUCCUGUCUUCCGCUCUGACGUGAGCUGUCUGUCUGCGUUGGGGGCAGAGGUGGUGGACUCUCCCUCCUCCCUCCUCUCCCGCCGGGGCUCUCUCUGCAGGACCCCCAGCCUCAGGACCCCCAGCUCCCCUGCCCUGUCCCGGAGAGGACCAGCACCAGUGCACAAGUCCCAGAGUCUGCCCACUGUCCAGGGAGACAAAUCUGGCGUGGGAAAAUCCACUGAGGUGUGAGGAUGGUGACCUGAGAACUGUUUUGGUCCAGAACCGGGCAGGAUUUGUGAAGCUGGACUUUUUUUAAUUUACUGUGUGCCAGUGACACACUUUUGAAGACGAUGCUGCACAGUUAUUCAAGUUUUUUUUGUUUAUUUUGUGUUUUAAUUUCUCUCUUUUCUUUUAUCACUCUCAAGUCAUACUUUCAGUUUUUAUCUACACACAAAAUCACUGGCUUAUUUUAUUUUAUUUUAUUUUUUUUUUUUUACAGAAUCCACAAUUUUUUCUAUAAACUCAUGCAGAAAUGUCAGUCCUUUGCUACGACAUCAAUAUACUUCAAAUAUAAAUCAUAUACAAUCAUAUAUUUUGGAUAAAUAUAUGUGAUUUAUUGUUUUAUUUGAUUCUUUAUGCUGUGUUUUUGUCUCUUCUGCAGG